GGCGGCUAAUGAAAUGCACCUGCGCAUGACCGACAACACGGAAUUGUGGGAUCAAAGAGCACCUUCCCAAGAUGGCUGCUUUCGUCAAACUUAUACAUUUCGCCGACUUACAAAUAUAGGUCCAUCUUCAGUAGCAGCUGCAGUGAAGAGAAGAUCAAUCAUUAAACCAGGUAACUAGCCAGCUUUAACAGAUGUUCCACUUCUCUUCUUCCAGUUUUUCAACAACUGAAGUGGAAAACAGUUUAGUAUUUUAAAUCUUUGCCAAUACCCUGGGAUAUUUUUCAUCCAAUAUUAACUGUUGUGUAGAAGAUUCCAGAAAAUUAUCAUCAUGGCAGAUGACCCAGGACACAAGGCCAUGCUGUACUUUUUGGAAAUUCUUAUGUACAGCAAUACACCCAUGACCAUCAGCCAGUUGGCUGGCCGCUUUGGCAGUCGAAACUUUUCGCAGGAAAUGCGGCAAAGUGCUGGUGGAAAUGAGGCAGGCCUUCGGAAGUUUCUGUUAAAAUAUCCAUCCCUCUUCACUGUGAGUGGAAACCUGGUGAGUUUGAAUGAUGGAACAGCACCUCUUGGGGGGAACUUUCGUGAAAGCAGCCCAGCUUCUUCCUCAAACCACAGCCUUCCUGAUGUUUCCACCGAGACGGAGGCUGUGCAGUACUUUCGAGCCAAGCUUUUGAAAAAGGGUGAGAAGUGGAUGCCAGUGAAAAGCCUGGCAGGACACCUAUCCCAAGCUUCCCCAGAAAUUCGGGAAUGUGUGGGACCACAGAACGAAUUUCAGGCCUGGCUCAUUCGGCAUCCGCUUAUUUUCGAGGUGAAGGAUGACCUUGUGUGUCUCAAGGACAGCAUUCGUGGCAAUAUGGCCGACUCCAGCUCUGACACUAGGGAAGAAUUUUUACUUCCUGGCACAGAUCGAGCAAAUCUCCAGAGUCUUCCAAUACAGCACACUCCAAAAAUAAAGCGUCGACCAAAGUCUCUGGAGGUGCGGGAAGCAAGGCCCACCUUGUCGCAGGCCAAGGUGGCAGCAGCAGUAACUGCAAGUGGAAAGCCAGGGCCUAUUACAAUGACAGCCAAUGAGUACAAGGCUGUUAUGUUCAUCAAAAGUGUCAUUGACAAGAAAGGUGACAUGAAAAUUAACAGUCUGUCUGGCCACUUCUCUCAGGCCCCUGAGUCAUUACGUAACACCAUUGGUUGGAGCAAACCCGAGCUUGAGCGGUUUAUUCAGUCACACAGCAACAUUUUCACCAUUUCUGAAGAUGAAACAGUAUCUGUGAUAAAAAAUACCCGGCUGAAUGUCAUAAUCACUGGCAGCCGUCCACAAGCUCAAAAUAAACCAACUGUGGUGAAUCGAGAAGGAAAGAUUUUUCAUGUUGCCAAACUCUGGGGCAUCAUUGAUUUGGGCAAACAUGAACAUGUUUUCAUUGAUCGUACUAUUUUUGGGAAACACAUUGAUGAUCUCAACAAGCUUUUAAAGGUUGGUGAAGUUGUUCGUUUUGAUGCCAUCCCAGCUCCCAAAGGGAGUAGAGCCAGAUGGCGGGCUACUAAGGUGUGGAAGGAAAAUGAGUCUAUUGAAGACCUGAUUGAGAAGGUGGCUGCUAAACUUGAUUUGUCUCUUGAUGGAAUACCUCAUGAACCAGACACACCCAUGGGAAGCAUGAAUGAAGAAAUUCGCAAGAUCUACCCUGAUCUGGAUGAUAGCUCUGAGCCAAACUCUGCUACAACUCCCCUGAACAUUGGAGGUAUCAACUACGCCUUUUCUGAUGCAGCUCCAAGUGGGGCAGGUGUUGUGCCAGUGUGGAAUUUUCACCAUGCGGAGUUGGCAGGUAUGAAAGACCCAGAUGACAUCUGCAAUAGUGAUGAUGAAGAAGUCUUGCCACACCUCUCCAUGGUAGCUGAACGACACAUUAUGAACCGUUCAGUGCUAACAGAUAGUCCUCGUUCUUUACGGGAUUCUGCAUGUUCAAAUGGUGGUGAGAUUGCUCCCAUGACCUUGUCACCAGUUAAUGUAACAGCCUGUAGGAAAAAAAUGGUCACUGUAUCAUGUCAGACCAUUGUUACUGGUGAGAUUUUGGCUACACAAUUAUUUCAUGAGGACAUAAGCGUUUAGAUAGAUCUUUGAACUUGGACAUUUACCUCUAAAUUGGUGCCAUCUUAUUUUAGAGCUAAAAGUUGCUGCUUGAUUUUUGUACCUCUAAAAUAAUCUCUGUGUUUUACUGAGCCAUCCUGUCUUUCUUUUACACUCACACACAGAAAAUAGGAAUUGGUGCAAUUUUAAUAAAUCUGUUUUUGCUUAACUCCCUCUUCCACUACCUAAAACACCAUACCAGUUGGCGUUUUAAUUUUUGAAUUAUAGUAACUCGUAGCUGUACCUCCCAUGUAACCUGUUAGUUUUGGUGUGUUUUGUGUAAUCUGUAGCUGUCCUCUACACCUGGUGUGUGACAAUUUCUCCAGAAAUAUUGUUCAACUUUGUAGCAAUCACAAGAAAGGUUUUGCUUUGUAGUUGUGUGGCAAGUUUGAAAGGCUAGUGAAAACAAAAGUAGAGUACCUGUUAUUUCAAGCACUGGAGGCUUAUUGCCGUGUGUAGUUGCUGUUGCUGACCUGUUUGGCUGUACCUUCAUAUUAUUGCUCAGACAGAUGUGUUCCUUGACUUUUCAGCUAUGUCAUUGUAAUGUUUCAACAAACUGCUGAAACUGGCCUUGACAUUUUGUUGUACUGUCACAUUGUGGAUGUGAUUUACUCCUAUUUAUCAUGAAAUAAGAUAUUUUGUUUUUAGUGUAAUAUUAGAGUUGAAUUUUACUGAAGAAUCAGUUUACGUUCAUUUACAUGGUGCACUUUAAGGGCUAGACCUUGCACUCCAUAUAUAUUGCAGACAUUUAAAAAAAAAUUACAUGAAAGAAAGGCCUUUAAUGUUUAAGUUUAAAGGUAUGUAACUACUUAUAAGUGAGUCAUUUAGUGUGCCAAAGAUAUGGUUCGUCAAAGCAUCAGUGGUAACUGGUACAUUGUUAUGCAGACAAGUACAUGCAGGGCUUCUGCUUACGCAAAAAAAUUACGUACAGUACUCAUUAAAAGUUCGGAGGACCCCUUCAAUUUUCGUUAAUGGGGUCCCCUUCAAAUUUGGGCGAAGAACAGGGGCCCCUUAAAAAUCUGAAGAAGGGGUCCCUGGGACCCCAAAGAAUUUAGCCUUAGCAGAAGCCCUGAUAUGUAAUAUUUUUAUAUAAAUUAUAAGACAAUAAUUAGUAUAAUACUCAAAAUCUCAUCAGGUGGAAAAACUAUGUAAAGCUUUCGAGCUGUAGCAUUAAAAUACUUGUGGUUACUGGGUUGUUUUGGUCUUUUGUUUUUGGAAUCACUUUUGAGGCCCACAUAGAUAAAGUGAAGAAAUGAGAAAAAGAAAAGUAACCCAUAUAGUAGGGAGGAAGGGAAAGAAAAGUCUUGUCCCUUUGUUUUGAAGUGUAAUGACAUUCGCUUGCUCUCAGUUUGUGAUAUUAAAUGUAAAUUGUCUGAAAUUUGUGAUUUCAAAGCAGUUUUAAAAGCUAAUAUUGACUAGCUAAUGUGUUCCAUAGUAAUUUAGAUAUGAUUAAGAUAAAGAACUACCGUUACCUGAUUUUAUUAUUACCUGUUAAAAUUUUUAACUGAAAAACCAUAAACUUUGAAAGCCUAUGAAUUUUAGACAUGCAUGCUUUCAGCUUUAAAAUAUUGCUUUGUCUGAGUGGCUUUAGUUUGUAUUUGUAAUUUAGUAUCUAAGUUUUAUAGCGCAUAUUUCAUUCAUUUGUACCUGGUACUGGUUGUUGAGGGAAAUGCAGGGAUAGAUGCAAGAGCUGACAGGGUGUACUGCUCAAACCUAUCUUGUGUGAUGGUGAACAGGUCCUGUACAGGACAACCAGUCCAGUCUUUGACAUUUGUGAGCCAGCGAAAGUUGUAGCAUUAUUAUACUGAUGGAGGGAGGUUUUUUGCAUAAGUUUCGAACACUUUAUCUGGUUAAUCAAUCUUUAUUGUUGUCUGUAUGAAGCACAAAACAGAAAUUUGGCUCAGACAAGAACACUUACAAAUGAAGACAACACAGAUAAGUUGAUUAUACAUAUAUAAAAACAUGCGUGCACAUAUCUGCGCACGUACAUCUCAAAAACAAAAUGCUAAAAAUGAAAGAUUGAUUACUAAGUGUUGAUAACACAAUUUUAUAAAGAUGGCAACCAAGAUUAUAAGGAAUUGUUUAAGGGUGUGCUGCUGUCAGGGUAGUUUACCCUAAGGCAGUUUUAACUGACAAAUCAGGGUAGAAUGCACAGAUGUAAAUGCCAUGCUAUGAACAUCCUUUGAGAAUAGCAGGUUGCAUGCAGGAGGAAACCUAGUGAGCAGUGUGUUAUUGAGUGAACACUCAAGUGAUUGCAAGGUUAGAUUUCUUGUGGUCUUUGGGUAACGAUGGGGUUGAUGUUGAGUGAUAAAAAUUGGUCUAUAGGACCCAGAGAUGGUGGUGGUGAUGAAGUAAUAACAAUAAUAAUAACACCGCCAUAGUAAUAAAGCACCUCUUCACAGUGUAGGGAACUCAAUGCAGUUUGCGAAAGAGAAUACCACAAAAGACAUCAAAUGAGAGACUUAAGAUAGAUAUCUGUGUGGAAUGAAAGGAUGUUGGUCUGUACUCUAGAUGUGCAAGUACAUAGCAAAUUGUCAACAUUUUAGGAGGGGUUUUCGGUGGUACUUUGGCACAGAUAGUUUUAAUGGUUAGUGUAUUUUGAUUUCUUUUACUUUGGAGAGAAUGCAAAGCUGACCAGAUAAAAGAUACUGAUAAAGAAGAUGACUAAUUGGAUCCAAAUUGUAUGCAUAGGAGUUGCACUCAUGAUUAUAAUUCACAACAGGACUAUUUCUUGUUAACAAAAUCUUUUGCGUAGUUCUUUCUAAGAAUAAUUCCUUAACCUUUAAAAUUAAACGUUUAAAAAUAUGUCAACUAGUUAUUUACUUUUAUGUAUGAUAAACCUUAAGUAGUUGAAGUAGAAUCUACUUUUCUCCUCCCCUUAUUUAGAUGGCCAUGUGAGGGUGAAACAUAGUUUGUACCUGGGUAAUAUACUGAUUUUCCUAGAAAUGGUUCAUGGUUGUUGACAAUUUUGUUAUGCAAAUGUAUUGCCUUUCAUCAUAUGCAAAUGUGUUCAGCAUCAUAUGCAUCUCUAAGUUAGGUUGCUAUAUUGUAGCACUCAUUUAAGGGUCAUGCCCUUGUUGGGAACAGUUUUCGAAGGCAUUUGAUGUACAUGCUAAUAGCUAUGGUUAAGAACUUUGGCUUUGACUUGCUAGCCUUAUGGUGAGAAAUGAUUUGAAUGUUUGCUAGGAACUUGGGUUUUCACUUAAGUAAAUUAAAAAAAUUGAAAUGUGAUAUGACUUUUGACUCUUCAAACUAAAAUAUAUGAAUGUUCUUUAAAAUGCAAGGGACUUUUAGACCAUCAAUUAAAAUUAUUAAGUUUACAGUCGCUUAGAUACAUUUUUGGGCUUGUAAUGAGCAGUUGCAGGAAAUAUAUACUUCGGUCUACUUAAAGUAAUAUCACCUUGAUCUUGAUCCCUGAUUUCAAGAAACUGUAUUAAUUAUAAGUGUUAUGGGUUGUUUUGUAAAAUUGUCGCCGAUGUUUUAUAACCAGCAUUGAAGAAACAUCAGCUUUUGUAUGUUUGGUUUAUGACAAAAUCUUGCAUGCUGAAAACUCUAUUCUAAACUACAAUUUUCUCAGACUUAAAUUUAUUCACCUUUUGUAAGACCCCUUGGGAGAUUUUAAUUUUUUCCUAAGUGAUUUACAAACAUUUGUGCAAAUUGUUAAUGGAAACACUGUAUUUAGUAUCCUAAUAUUUUUUCCCUGUGUGUGACAUUAUGUCCAUGAUGUUAAAGAUGAUACACUUUUGUAAACUGAUAUUAGUGCUAACAAGUAAAUUGUUUAAUUAGAACAAUUAAUCAUUUUACUCUUCUAAUUUAGUUUUUGCUCAUCCUCAGAAUGAGUGUAGUUUUCUGACUACAUGUAUUUGUUAGAGAGAUUUGUAAAGAGAAAGUCAUUGAGGUUAAAUAUUUAUUGAAUGUAAACAUAUACUUGGUAUUGAAGAUAUAAUUGGUGAUAUCUAGUGUGAAAGUUCUCUUCCAGUCAAAGGUUUUUUUUCCCUUCUCUCUGGCCUUGUAUCUAUAAAUAGAUUUCUUUCGAGUCAUCCUUUAUACCUUGGCUUCUGAAUAUGGAGAAAAAUCAUUAGCCAGUGACAUCUGUUCAUUCAUCUAUUAAAUUGUAAGGUUCUGCUUUUCCAAGCAGUCAUCUGUGCAAAGAACACAUUUUAAAAGUUUUUAAAAGGGUACUGAAUCAUUAAUUUUUGCAUAAAGUUUCAUUUAGUCAUUUUAUGUAUUUGCUUACAAAUUGAUACUUUCUGAAUAAAACAAGUACAGACAGAAGGAAACAGAAUGUGAAGCCUACACUAGCUGACAAGAACAUUAAAUACAAUUUACUGAUUUAUAUUUUCAGUGAUUCAGUGGCAGGGUUAUCAACUUGCUAAUAAUAGCACACCAGUGUUAGAUUGGAUUAUUUCUGUAAUCAACAAACAAAUCUGUUAGCUGUAUCAAAACUGUAGACUUUUUAAAUGUUUAUCUCACAUUUUGCAUCAAGACUUACAAGAAUCAUAAUUUGACAAGAAUUACAGGUUUAAGUCUCCUCACAUUAGAUUUUUUUUUUUUUUUACAUAAAUCUUCCACAAAAAACUGAAUGACCUGUGCUGCCCACGCUCUUUCCUUUUACCUGAGGCUUGGUUUAGGGCAGCGGUUCUCAACCUGUGGGGCGCGCCCCGACGUGCUUACAAGGGGGUCGCGAAGGUGGUCAUUUUUUUAACGUUUCUUAUAACGCUAUUAGUGAAAUUAGCUUACAUUGCUGGCUAACGGGGGCGCGCGGACGUACCUUUGUCAGGGGGGCGUCACUGGUAAAAGGUUGAGAACCGCUGGUUUAGGGAGAUUACAGAAAGCUAGAGGUGAUGCUACAACAGCCUUGUCUCUGCCUAUGUAUAUAAAUUGAGUUGUCAUCAGUGUCCAAGAUUUGUAACGUAGUAUUGUUAGAUUCAUUUCAGAUCUUUGUUUUGAAAUAGCAAAAAACUUGUUUUAGUAUGAUAUCCCAGUGAAUGCCAAGGCUCUUCAGGGCUUCUGCUUACACAAAAAAUUGCGUACAGUACGCAUUAAAAGUUCGGAGGACCCCUUCAAUUUUCGUCAAUGGAGUCCCCUCCAAAGUUGGGCAAAGAACAGGGACCCUUUAAAAAUCUGAAGAAGGGGUCCCUGGGACCCCAAAGAAUUUAGCCUUAGCAGAAGCCCUACUCUUAUUAAAAUAAAUCAUUUAACAAUAAAAAUAAAUAAACCUGCUAUAAAGGGAAAUGCAUUAAAUAAAUUGUGCAAAACUGAAAUAACCUGAUACCAUUGUUAAACAUUACAAGAAUAAAAAUUAUUUUGAAUUUAACUCCAUUUAUUUAUUCACACAUCAAACUAUGCAUUUAAACCAUAAAAUGAGUUUAUUAUUGAUGCCUUUUUGAAGGAUGGCACAGUGCUGGUGAGAAACAAAGAAGAAAAAGAUACUGCAAGAAUUGAAUAAACUUCUCAGAUAUGUUGAAUGUGAGCGCUUCUCAAGGCUAAUGCCAUGGCUUGUAAUUUUGUUGAUGUGCUUCAAGCACAUACUAUAAAACACGACUACGUUAUAUGAUUCCUCUGUAUGCUUCAGUGUUAGUUGCAAAAUGCUGAAGCUGUUUACUGUGCCAGUAAUGGUGCCAAAUAUUGUUUUCUGGGUACAUGUAUAUUGGCUGUCAUGAAAUAUCCUGAAGCAUGAUCAGGACUGGUAAAAAGGAGCUUGCUUGUUGAGAUGAAGUUUGCCUUUUGAACAGUGUGGCUUAUCUGUAGAUGUCCUCUUUAUAAUGGGAUCAUGGCCUGAAAAUGAAUUUUCACUGACCCUGAGCUGUAUACUUAAGGGCUAUUAAAUAUUGCUUGUAUUUUUGGCAUGUUUUCGCUUUUUCAUACAAGCAUUUAAUGGUCUGUAUUAUUGUAUAAUAGCCCUCACAGAGCAUAGCCACUGUACUCAACCAUGAUUAAAUGUACAGUCUAACUGCUGUUAAUGCAUGUAAGACAAAGUUAUCUUUUGAUAUUAUUUGAUACUCAUAGAAGUAAGAAUGUUAUUGAAAUUUUGGUGUUUAUCAGCUUUAUAGGGUGUGGUUUGUGAAAUGUGCUUGAGACAAAGGUAGUUACUAAUAGGUUUUGUUCAUAUUUUGUAGAUCUGCUGGGUGUUUUUGUGCCCUGCUUAUUGUACAUAAGCCAUGAGUGACCUAUAAAAUAUUGUCAGCAUUAAUUUUGAGGACAAUGUAUGCAUCCCUCAUUUUUUCUUUACUGUGACAAUUUUUUGCCAAAUGGUAGUGAUAGUUUAACUAAAGAAAGAUAAAAAUGAUUUUGUGUGUUAAAAUUUAUACUAGAAAAAGUAAAGUGGAAGAUGUGAUAUGCUAGAGAAAGUUUUGCAAAGAUGUGUUGCAAAGGCAUGAUAAAGACUGAACUAGAAUUUAUGUGUUGGAAGCAUUCAGGUACUGGCACAAUGUUGUGUAUUGUGAUGAUUCUUUUGCAUAAUACUUCAGUAACUUUCUUAACAGGUUUCAUCAACAAACUAGUCAUCAUUUUUUUUUCUUUUAUCAUCAUCAUCACUAACAUUGUCAGCACCACCACCAUACCAUCACCAUCACUGUCACUUACAUCUCACAAUCAUCACUGUUAUCUCCCACCAGCAUCACUAGUUGUAUUUUUGUUUUUAAUUUAUUUGCAGUUUGAGCUAUGAUGUUAUAUAUAUGUGUGUGUACAUCUAUUCAUGUGUGCUUGUGCGAGCAAAAGAAAGAUGAAAAAUUGUUGUGCUCCUUUUCUGUCAUUUCUUAAAGUUUCAUCAAGGCAUGAACAAAGCUGGUUGAUGUUAUUUUGAUGUACAUAUGCCUUAAACAUUUUACUCUUUUGCUUUUUUUUUUUGGAGGUGGGGUGGGGGUGGGGGAGGAGCAACCUGACCUGAAGUUUGUGGAAACAACCUGACCUGAAGCUUGAAUUAGCUGUCACCAAUACCAUUUUAUGUCAUUAGGUGUGUACAAGUUUGCUUUUGGAUAGAUUUAAAAAGUUUUAAAAUAUUUCAGCAGCAGCCAUGCUCUUGUAGAAUGUGUGUCUGUUCAUACUUGCAUGUGUGCAUGUUCAUAUAGGCUAGAUUGUUUUGGUUUUAAUUAGAGACAGCAUAAGUUGUCUUGCACAAUGCAAGUAUGCAGGCAGCAUGAUGAAUGGAUAUUGAAGAGACAUGGAUAGAUACCAUUUUUUAUGUGCUGUUUAUGACUCACCUGAAGUAGCUAGAUUGUAAAAACCUCUGGCAAGAAUAGCAUUCAUUUUGUAGCUGCAGGGAUUUUAAUAAAGUGUUUGUAGCAUGUACUGUUGAAGGAGUUACUUCCUACACUGUAAGCAUUCUGGUUUGCCAAGGGAGUUGCUAGACAUUGAUGAGGGUGAAGUAAUAAAAUGAUGGGUGGAGUAAUAGCUCGCAGUAGACAGCCUCUUCCUCUCAGUUGUUGUCUGAGAAUUGGAUUGCUUGGAUUUCUUUUCAUUGAGAGUUGCAUUUCAUUCAUCUCUUGUUAACUGCUACUUAACAAAUUGAUUUUCACCUUGGAAACAGUCAUAAUUGUAUAUAAAUGAGUCAUUUCAUUUAAUAAAAAAUUAAAAUCAUGAUACUGAGUAUGAUACCCCAGCCUAAGCCAGGCUUAUUGUAGUUUACAGAGAAGAUGAAUUUAAAACUAGGCAACAGCAAAUAUAAAAGAUAAAAUGCUAAUACAUUAUAAUAUGGAUUGUAAUACAAGGAUGUUGUCAUUUUGGAGCAGAUGUGUCCUCCAAUACUUAAUAUGUAGUAUAAAGUUACUUAAAAUAAUUUUUUUUCUUUCUGAAAAGGUUGGUGCAAGUGUAGUAGUACUUUUGUAGCUUGCAGGCAAUAUGGACUAUAUUUACACAAAGACAUUAUAUUUAAGUAAUAAUACAACCACCAAGAAUUUUUUUUGGGGGUAGAAACUUUACUUAUGGAAUACAAGGUCUAUUUAUAAUAUGCAUAUUUAAAAUGUCAAUUAAAAAUUUGAAUAUAGUAUAGUUAUCUAGAUAUAUGGCUACAAUCUUGGCUAGAAUGCUAGAGAAAAAGGUAUGAUUCUUGACAAAUUCAGAUACUUUAAGGUGGCAAAGGUAACACAUUCUUUGAUAUUGUAUUAACCUAAAGGUAUAAAGAUGUAUUUCUGCAGUACAUGCUUGUCAUAAAUACCAUCAGCUGCUUCUGCCAUUGCAUUGGCUGCACAUUUUGAGGCAUCAGUAUUUAUGUGUUGACGUCAGGUCAGUCCUGCUCUAGUUGAAAUCAUGACAGAUUUCCAGCACUCUCUCACUGUGUUAUGUUGGUUUGAUAUAUAUAUCAUCCUCACUGUGUGAUUAUUUUUGCAUAUACAUAAGUACAUGCAUGACAGAGUGUGUGACUGCCUCCCUCCUAAAUCAUGAGAGUGAAUUUGGAAGUAUGGUGACUGACGUGCAGGUAAUAGUAAGCUUUUGAUGGAGGAUUUGAGCUGUGUGGCUCUAAAGGACAAAGGUCAACUUUUACUGCUGGUGAUAAUUGAGGCCAUGUCUUCCUCCAGCCACUCUUUACUGCCAAAAACCUCUGUUGAUGUUUUGUAUGACACUUAUUGUACACAACAGUAUCUUUGUACAAUCACUAGCAUGUUUAUUAACUUAAAUGCUAUUCAGAUGUGCAAAUGACAGUUUAACACAGCAGGCAACCAUCUUUCUGCAACGCAAACUUAGGCAUGUUCAUGUUUUGUAAAAAGCGUCCACCUUGGUGUCUUUUUCAAAUACAGUGGCACUGUUUGAGCAGUGGACUUUGAUGACUUGCUCUUCUUGCCUGAAUAAACUGUCUGUACCGUA